AUGCCUACGCUCACGGACUUGCCAAGUGAGCUGCUGCUUCUUGUCUUCGCUUUGAGUCACGAUAUCCAUGACGCAGUCAGCUUCUGCAGAGUGAACCGGCGCUUGCAUGCCAUUUGGCUGGAGAAUGCCGACCACAUCAGCAAAGCAGUACUUGAAGAGAGUAUUCCGGCUUACGACGACGCCGUCGACCUCGCCAAAGUCGAAGCAAGGUAUACUACACCGACAAACGAGUUAUCCUCGGACCCAACCACGACAGAACUCGCUCCUCACCUCUGGCUACGUCUGCUCGUGAAGUAUGCAGAGCUUGUCUCCCUGGCAGAUAUCCUCCUUACAAGGAUGGAGAGAGAGUCGCCCAGAAUAAUGGAAUGGCCGCCUUUUGAGAUCCUCUCAUUCCCUCCAUCAUACUACAUGAUUCGGAAGAUUGUACUUUCUUACGACCACCCCGAACUACGACCUGCCCUAAACGCGACGUUAGAGCAAAGUUCUGCAGACAGAAUCAUGACGCAUUUCAACCUCAUCAAUAUCCUUUGCGAGUGGGCGGAAUUUGAAGAGCAGCUCCCGCAUGGGAUCCCCAAGCGCAGAGAAGACUGGACAUAUGAAGACGCGUUUGAUGACUAUGCGCUACUUCCGCCUUGGGAUUUUGCGUUUAGUGUCCUCUGUUUUGCAAAGAUACUAAGGGAGGAUCCCGACAACCCUGAGCACCGGAAGAAUCCGUUGAUAACCCCUCAAGAGUUCGGGUAUCUGAGGUGA